AUGAGAUAUAACAGGACAAAAAUCAAUAAUAUGUAUGUUUACAUGACUAAUUCUGAAGUAGUAUGCUUCGGUCUUUGGAAUGAGGAUAAUUCAGAUUAUGGUCUUACAACAUAUCUCUGUAAAGCAGUAGGUCUAAUGCAAAUCACGGUCGUUGACAGGUUUGAGCCUAAACCAAAUCUUCACAUAAUGUCGAUGAUCGCUAGCGUUGAGAGGAAAAUGCUAGAGCGAACCAUCCUCUCGGUAGUGAUUGUUUUUUAAAUGGCGCCUCAACUGUGGAUGAAUUCUCGGCGUUGCUAUCAUGAGCCCGCUUCUUUCCAACUUUUUUGGCACGAUGUGGGAAGUGGUCGUUCUCCUCGUUCACAUGUAUUUCCAGAUUGAUAUCUCCCAGAGGACUUCUAUUAGUAGCAGCUGAUGAGCUCCUAUCACUGUGAGGAUUGUUUACCGUUUCCAAAUUCUCUCCAGCUGCGGUCCUUGGAAAAGAAGGUGCUGACGUUGUAUUGAUGCGUGCCAUGUGCGAAGAAGUUUCCCUAUGCAUUACCAGCAUUAGGAAACCGAUAAAUCAUUACUACAAUUUAUGGCCAGAGGAAUUCUGCUUGAAAAGUCACCUGCAUUCAUCGCACUGCCACUUCUCCUCGUCACCAUCAUCCUCGGGGGUAUAGGUGGACCACGGUGGCCCAGCGCAUAUACGGUGGCAGUGCACUCCGCAAGUGAUGCAUGCAUUAA